AUGAAAGGUACCAACGUCCUGCAGCAAUGGAAUGGAAUAGAUUACAACCAACAACCAGAAGAAGGAUUGUCGCAGCUGCCAUCUGAAGAUUAUAUACAAGAGAACGACAUGUAAGUACCUACUCACACACCAAAAUUAUAUUUUCCCUUUAUUUAUAUUAUGAUCCUCUAACAUAUUAAUAUUGUAUGCAUAUGAAAAGUAAAUGUUUUUUUGUAUGAUAUGUACGUUUUACACAUAUUUUCACAAUGUGUAAUGNUACAUUAUUAAUAAGCAAAAAAAUGGUCAGGUGGUACGUAGAAAUUUUCAAGUGGUGUAGGUGGUACGCGACUAUAAAAAGGUUGAGAACCGCUGCUCUAACAUAUUAAUAUUGUAUGCAUAUGAAAAGUAAAUGUUUUUUUGUAUGAUAUGUACGUCUUACACAUAUUUUCACAAUGUGAAAUGACAAAAAAAAAAAAUGAUAUUUAUACAACUUUUUCAGACACAUUUAUUAUUUCAUCAUCUUGGAAAUGUUUCAUUAAUAUCAAUUUCAAAAUAUUGUACUCACGUAUUCUUUGUAUUUUUGUAAAAAUGUGUUUCCAUUAAUAUAAUAGUAAUUUGUUCAUAAAAAUAUUGAAACAAUAUAUUAUAUGUAUAUAUUUAAUAGUUAUUUUUGGAAAUUACCGCAUUACGGCGAUUACCAUAUAAAACAUUGGAGAUAAUAAAAAAGUAUUUGAGAAUAUUUACUAAUAUAACUAAGUUAGACAGACUCAAAAUAUAGCAAAUUGAUAAGUGAAGCCUUAAAUUAAACUAGGGCAGUAUCAAUGUUAGUCCUAGGGGUAGAAAUAGAAGGCAAUCCACUGCAAAGUUAAUUUUCAAGUAUAUUUGAGACACCACUACGAAUGUAAUUGGUAAUAAAUGUAAAUGUAAAAUAUAAUCUAAUGUAAAAUUUAAUAUACUUUUUAAAUUUUUUUAUUUAACCAUAAAACCAUUUUUUAAUUGUCUGUUAAUUAAAAUAAUUGUAAUAUUAAUUAAAUUUGGCUACAUAAAAGCAAAGUAUAACAAUUAUUUUGAUAUUAUUUUUCAACAUNGGUUCGGGAUUUAUGUUUGGGUGGGGAGUAAACGUUUCCGAAAGGUGGACUCCAAAAAAGACAGCUUUUUCUUUAUCAGAGAUCACUAAUUGGCCAUUUGGUCCGUACAGAGGGGUAGAUUGUUCCUUGAUUUUGAGAAUGUCUUUUGUGGUUCUUCAUAAGGAGCCGUCUUCAGUGUUAAGUGAUUGAUAUUUUUCUUAGAAAAAGUUUGAUUUAUGUUUUUGUAUCUGUUUUUUUAUUAGGUUGGUUAAAUUAUUUAACAAACGUAUGUCAGGAGAAAAAUUGUGGCGUUGCCAGCGUGACCGAGCUCUGCGCUUAGUUUAUAUUAAUUUUUGUAUGUGAUAGGGAAGGGAAUUUUCAGUUACUGGAUUAUCCGCCGGUUUAUUUAUUUUGAAUGACGAGUUAUAGAUAGCGGUUUGAAUUGAAGUUGUGAGGUUUUAGACUGCCUCCUCUAUUUGGUCAGUAGUUUUCAGUAAGAUUUUCAUUUUUCUUGAGUUUUCUAUGUUUUCGGAAAAUAGGUACCAGUUGACUGGCCCUUUUGCUAGGAAAGGUCGUAGAGGAUUUGGAUAAGAAUAAAUCUAAUAUAUAUGACUCCUGUUUCGAUGUGCUGGCCAGUAUGUUGGACCUAGUAGGGAAAUGAAUGUAUAUUUUUUGGUUCGUAAAAUAUUUUGAAACAUACGUCCACGAAUGUUUUCGACGCGACAACCUCAUUGGAGGUGUUUCGCGUUAAAAUCACUUCCAAUUAGUGAAGUGUUACCGACUGAGUUUAAGAACUAGUCUACUUCCUGGGAGGAUAUUGCAGGUCUCGGAGGACAAUAGACUGAAGAAAUAGUUGUAGGAAUAUGAUUUAAAGUGAUUUGUAUUUUUGUGGCUUGAAUGGUGUUUGUCUGGAGAUUAGGUAAGGGUUGACAUUGUAUUUUUGAAGAAAUUAUAAUAGCAAAUCCGCCAUGAGCAGUACCGUUGGGAUGAUCAGUUCUGUAUAUUCUGUAUCUAGGAAAGACAUUUUUGGAGAUUGGGGUACAGUGUGUUUCGGAACUUGAAGUGAUGUCGAUAUGUUUUUCAAUAAAAAAGUUUAAUAAUUCGGGUUCAUGUUGUUUAAGCCCAUUUGCAUUCCAAAAGGAAUAUGUUGAGAGAAUUUAUGUUUGUUUGUCUAUUUGUCAUUUUUUAGAAUCAAUUGGUUUAUGGCAGUUGUGAGAAGUUGAAUUAGAGGAUUAAUUAUUGAUUUUAGUUCUGUUAUAAAGGAUGAAAUUUGAGAUGUCAAUUUAUUUUUUGGGAAUGAGUCGAGUUUAUGCUGGUUUUUAUUUGGCAUUAUGUUUUGAGUAUGAUUAUGAGAAAGUUUGGGAAUAUUUUGAUGUCAUUGAGAUUAAAAUUCGGCGGAUCUGAGGGUAUUUUAUCAACCGAAGCUUUUUCCCCAUUUACAGAGAUAGUUGGGUUCACCAAAUUUUUAAACCUGGUUUUUGAGCCGCUAUGGAAUUUUUGUAGAUCUUUGUGAACAGUACAUCCGCGGUAAUUUGCCGGGUGAUUUCUGCCACAGAGAGCGCACGUUGGAGGUUGAACGCUAGUUUUGGUACACAAGGAGGAUGGCGGAAUGCAGUACAGCGAACACAGCGAGGUAAGUGUGAAACAUAGCUUUUUGAAUGGCCAUAUUUUCGACAAUUUAAACAUUGUAUUAUUUUACGACGUUUGUGUGGCUCUUCAAUCUUAAUCUUGGUGUGGAGAAUAGAUGUUAUAUGAAAUAUAUCUUUAUUUAUCUGGGCAGGUUCAAGAUCUACAAAGAAUAUCGGUAGAGCAAGUUUAGUGAUUUGAUGUCGGACGUUUAAUACUUGUCNAAUCGGAGUUUUUCGUUUUAAUUUUUAAACUAUUUGAGGAGGAUUUGAAUAGGAAAUUUUCUGUACCAAUUAAUUCGAAUAAAUUUGAUCGAAAACGUACAAAAUCAUUUGUGCCGUUGACUAUUAUUGGUGGUGGUGAUGGAGUUUUGACCUCACCAUUGACAGGAAUUUAGUCGGAUAGUUCGUACUCAAGUGUAAUGUCUACUGCAUCAUCGUCAACAGUAAAGAAUGCAAAUCUAUUUGUAGUUGCGAAUAGAGGUUUAAUAUUAUUUUUUUUGUUUUGAGAGAUUCUCCAAUUGAAAUAUUACGCUUAUUCGUAUUUUUAUUCCGCUGUAAAACGAAAUCAUUAUCGGAGUUUUCAGACAAGUUUUCGAAGUUUGCAUCGUUUGAGUCACCUUGUGUGCAAUUAGAAGAAGAUGAAUUGGUUUUUGUAAUAUUUUUUUUUGUAUUCAGAGUUUUAUUCAUUUUUCGUAGAUUGUGCGCUUAUCGCACAUGUAAUUUCAAUAGAAGGCCACAGCCGGCUAAUGGCCGGGGAGCGCAAAACUGCGAUAGGAGUUAACGAUUAUAUAAUUAAUUAAUUAUUAUUACCAAACUUUUGCAUUUUUGGCCGGAACGGUUGAAGUAAAUUUGAUGUGUUGAAGGAAGAAAUGCCCAAGUCCGUUCCCUAUCUUUUUUAAUACUAAACACAACAACGUGAGGUGUUCUAGGGCAAAAAAAAAAAAAAAAACUGAGAUCAUUUAAAACGCGUGCGUUGUGAACUACAGUCAGAAGCGAUAUGAGUAUCGAAGGUUAACUACAUACUUAAAAAUGAAUUGGCACAUCGUCAAUUUAAAAGGUUUUUAGAAGAAUGCAAUGCUGAACAUGGUGAUGUAAUAUAUUUUUCCGAAGUAAGGUGGUUGAACAGAGGUGUGUUUUUGAAACGAUUUUUUAUUUUACGAACUUAAAUAUAUAUUUUUAUGUCAGAAAAGGGUAAAAAUGUACCAGAAUUAUCAAAUGAUAAAUCUAAAAUCUAGAAUCUAAAAAUCUAAAGAAUCUUAGACAAAUCUAAAAUCAUUUUAAGUGAAAUUAAAAUUAAAACACAAACAUAUUAAUGAACAGCGCUUGGAUCAUUUCGUAUCUUGUAAAAUUGAAUCACCCAAAUCCACUUUACAUUGGGAAACUACAAAAAUUAGUUUUUUAAAUAUAAUUAAAAACCUACAAAAUGAAUUUUCAAUACGAUUUUCUGAUUUUUACAUACAAAAGAAUAAAAUCAAGUUGUUUCAAAACCCUUUUUCUGAUGACAUUGACAAUGUUGAAUCUAAUGUACAGAUGGAAGUCAUAGGAAUGCAAAACAACAAUAUUCUUAAAAAUGCUUUUAAAGAAGGUAAUGAACUAAAGAUAUUUUAUUCGAGAUUUUCUGAAAUAGAUUUUAAAGGCAUUAAAGGUUUUCCUAAAAAAAUUAUUAUUACUUUCGGUAGUACUUAUAUUUGUGAGCAAACAUUUUCAAUAAUUAAAUUUCGGAAAAAUAAAUAUUGUUCACGAUUAAGCAUCGAACACUUGAAUGCAGUUUUAAGAUUAUCAACAUUCAAUAUAAAAGUGGAUAUAAACGAAUUGGCGGAAAAAAUUCAACCUUUUAGGUUUUUUAAACCACACAAGAUAAUAUUAAAUAUAUAUUUAUAUACUUUUGCACUCAAGAAUUAAUUAAUAAUUACUUUUAAACUUUUAAUUUUUUUCUACUAAUGUAUGUAAUUAAAAAUUAGUAAAUAAGGACAACCGCAAUAUUAAACUCAUAAUAUGAUUGUUGCUAUCCGUUGAUAUAUUAGUAUUAUAUGUUAAAAUUAUAUUUUUUAGUAUUUUAAUUUUAUAUGCGGCCCUCAAUGAAAAACUGAAAAAAAUGAUGACCCAUGUAGGUAAAAAGGUUGCCGACCCCUUAUUUAAACCAAUAGUGAAUGAAUUAUUUUUAGUAGCAAACGCUAAACAAACUGAGCAAUAA